GUGUGUGGUAGUAGGUGCUAUAAGCAGUGUAUAGAUUCAGGAUGUGAGGAGCCCCUAGAGGCCUGGAUCUUCAGCAGCACAGAGCUAAAUGUUUGUUCUAGUGAUGUGUAUUCGAGGAGGAGAGUCCAUUACAGUCCCAGAUGAUGCUGAGGGCCGCUGGUGGAUGCCUCAUUCACACCUCCAGCCCAUCAGGCCCGGGGGACAAUGCGGUCUGAGGCCUGGCCUGCUGCCGGUGCGGUGCUAGCCGCUGAUUAUCACACUUCUCCCCCUCACUUUGAUCACCCUCAGGUGAGCGCCGGCCCGACCUGUAUAAAGGGGCUCCUCUCCACAGACAGGACACUCGUUCAGUCUCAGUUGAGCUCGGAUAAAGACGGAUGGCCAUGUCGACCCUGCACGGUAAACUCCUGCCCGGAGACUUCACCCACUUCCAGACCUUCACAGCCGGAGCUCUGGAGAGGAGGACAAACAUCCAGCUAGCAGACUGCAGCCUGCAGGACCGAGUCAGGUUGGUGAACCAAAGCAGGCCAAUGGAGCCCAGAGUGGACAGCAUGGCCCUGCUGACCCAUCGCAGAAAAAGAACAAACUUCACACAGCAGCAGAUUGAAGUCCUGGAGAAAGUGUACUCAGACACCAAAUAUCCAGAUAUUUAUUUAAGAGAAAGACUGGAGACACUGACUGGUUUACCAGAGUCUAGAAUUCAGGUGUGGUUCCAGAAUCGACGUGCCAAGUCCAGACGUCAAGUAGGGACGCCCAUUCCAAUGAAGCCCAAAGCAAAUGUCCAGAUAAUGACCAAAGCACCUGCAGCCCCUUUCUCCCAGCAGCAAACUCAGCCUGCUCUUCAGCGGAUGGCCACCUUCGCCCUGAGGGACUCCUUCUCUCAGCCAAUGAUCAGCACAGAACAGAUGCACCGCCGGGCCACAGACCACAGCUACGACCCCACUGCCAUAUCAGGCUUGUUUGGUACAGCUGAGGAAACCAUCAAAACAGAACAGGCUAAGCCAGACAUGUCACUCUGCACAAACCUCUAUCAGUACCACAGAGUAAACGUGCCGGCUCAACACAAACCAUCAUCUGCACCUAAACACAUGCUGGUGGAUUACGAUAAUUUCCCUCCCAACAGAACAAUCGGCCCUGAUAUGAAGGUCAUCAUUCCUCCUAUUCCAACGCAGAUGAAUUUCAGCAGGUCAUCACCCAAACAGCUCACCUGCCCAGUGCAGCAUAUGCCAGCCAAAGCCCAGCCCGACAGUUUUGGUCAUUUUUCACCAAUCCAAGGCAGUGACUCAGGAGAGUUUUCUGACUCUGACUCUGACUGGGAGAUGGAAGCCAUGGCUGGUUUUGCUGGUUUUAUGUAGUACAGUACAUCUGAUAUUCGGACUGUUGUCACCCCAACCCCCACCACCAAAAAAAAAAGUUUCAGAUUUGGAAAGAGUUAUUUAUUUUAUAUUUAAAUAGUUGCACUGUAUCACUG